AGGGGAAUCAAAACAAAACGAACGAUUGCUGUAAAUGAAUUUACUUUGUUCAGAAGAGUUUUUGUUCGACAGCUGAGAAGAAACUGGCAGGUGUGCGCUUUAACCGGUUUUAAAUGGAAAUGCAAUAAACUUUUAUAUAACUACAAAAAUUGUUUUUACAAUAACAAAGCGGAGCAAUGAAAACAAACAAAACACAAAACAUUUUCACUGAGCAGAGAAACGCGGCAAUAACAAUAUUGUGAGGUGUGUAGAAUUGGGUUGUGAGUAAGUCGAGUUUCACUUUAUGUCAAGUGAAGCUAACAAGCGGACGUUAUUCGUGACGAGAAGGCCAUUAAGUUUUUUAUUCAAAAAUUAGUUUAAUUACUUUAAUAGCUGAAGUAUUGUGAGAAAAUUACUAAUAUUAAAAUGCAGUGUUCUAAAUUUGUACUGAGAAAAGUGCACAGGUUAUCACAAUUACCUAUUGCUAGUUAUUAUUUUCGAAUAAAUAAUCCAAUCUCAACGACUCCAUUAAACAAAACUUUCACUUUACAACAACAAUACGUGCGUACUUUAACGACGUCAUCAACGAGUACAAGCGAAAAAUUAGCCACCAAACAAGCACCACCGAAGCACGAUUGGAAUCGUGCAGUCAGUGAAGCUGAACGUAUAGUGGGCUAUCCAACCUCCUUUCUGAGUUUACGUUGGCUGCUAAGUGAUGAAAUUGCAAAUGUGGCUCUGCACUUGCGUAAAUUGGUUGGAAGCAAUCAUCCAUUGCUAAAAACUGCAAAACAUUUGUUAUAUAAUGGCAAAAACACAAUGCAGGCUUGGGGCUUAAUUGUUUUGCUGAUUUCAAAGGCUGCGGGUCAUGCGCCUACAAUUCCAGAUAUGGAACAAGACAAAAGUGCUGGAGUUUUGCACUCACAGCGCGCUUUGGCUGAAGUUACAGAAAUGAUACGCAUUUCUCAUUUGGUGCACAAUAGUCUUGUAAACUUACAACGUUCAUCCGAAGCUGGUAAAGACACAGCCACCUAUGAAGAUAUGACAUUUGGUAACAAAAUCGGUUUGCUAACUGGUGACUAUUUGCUUGGACAUUCUUCUGCUGAGCUAGCGAACUUACGCAACCAAGAACUGGUGGAGCUUAUUUCUUCUGCGGUACGAGAUUUUUCCGAGUCUGAAUUUAUUGGCGAACGUGAUGAACAAAAUAAUCCCCUACCCUCAAAACCAGACACUAAAGCUAAAAACAGUGAUGUUAGUGUCGAUUUCAACGAAAAUGAUGCAAUGCAACCGAUGGAUAUUUCCAAAGUUAUGGGCAUACCAGAAAAGGAAUGGGAAUGUCGUAAUAUACUCAACGCUGGGAGCUUAUUAGGUAAAUCAUGUCAGGGUUCUUUGAAGUUAGCUGGACAGUCCGAAGAAAUGCAAAAGCAGGCUUAUCGAUUUGGAAAGCAUUUGUCUCUUGCUUGGCAAGCUUGCCUGGAUGCUGAGCUAUUUCAAAGCAAUACGCUACCUCUCGACACCACAUUUAGUCUUGUGAGCGCACCAGUACUCUUCCAUUUGGAAUACGAUCCUACACUUUACGAAGAAAUCGAAAAGGGAAAAAUUUCUGUAGAAAACAUUGAUUAUGUAAAAGUACAUCAAAAAGUUUUGUCUGGGCCGGGCUUGGAGAAAACCAAAGAGUUACAACGUAAACACACCACUGCGGCGAUGCGUGUUCUUGAGAGUUUUCCACCCAGUGAUGCACGCACAGCUCUCGAAAACAUAAUAUUGGCAAUGCAGGACUUAUAAAGAAUAACUACUUAUGUACAAAUCUUAUUUAUUUAUUUAAAAGCGAAUUAUAUAUAUAUUAAUCGAGGUGUAUUUAUGUACAAACAACUAAGAGGUUUAAAGAUUUUAAUUGAUAUUAACUAAUAAAAUUGUAAAA